AUGAAAAGAUGUUCCCCUGUCCUCAACACUUCCAAUGGGGUAGCUGUCGGUGAAGCAACCCUUCCAAUUUGGAAGGAACACUUCAAAACCUUGCUGAACCGGCUAUCACCGUCAGCUCCUGAACUCGAGCACGUUCAUAAACGAACAUAUGCGGUUAACGAGGAGCCACCGACAGAGUCUGAGGUCUGUACCCAAAAAAUAAAGGAUGGAAAAUUUGGUGGAGACGACAAGAUUAGCGCACAAAUGCUAAAAUAUCCUCCUCCGUCUGGGAUUCAUGAGAUGACAAAGAUCAUCGGUUCAAUAUGGAUAGACGAAAUGAUACCUAUUAUGAUUCCCCUCCACAAGAAGUCACCUACCCUAGGAAUUAUCGAGGAAUCUCUUUGCUGCGUGUUAUGUACAAGGUAUUGCAGCGCAUUAUCCUGGACCGACUCAUUAAACAUCGCGAAGAAGCAACGCGCCACGUGCAAGCGGGCCGAUCUACGAUUGACCAGGUGUUCAUCGUUAGGAGAGUGA